AUGGCAUUCACUACUGGGCAGCAAACCGAUUGGUCUAUAAAAGACGAGUCGAUAGCUGAAAGUCCUUACAAUCUCCAACCCCGUCUUUCUCAGCACCCUACCGUGGGCGGCGCACACGCCAAGCGGCUCUCCAUCUCCUCCGCGGGAGGCAGCGACGAAGACGUUCAAACAGCGCACGCCGCCGACAACGACAAGGAACACGACGACCGCAGCACAACUGAAGCAGGAUCCACGCCCACCAGCAGCAACCAGCGUAACAUCUUCCGCUGGGCAGACCUGCCUGCAGAGUUGCGUGAGAAGAUCUACGAACUGAGCCUGGCACGGCCUGCCGUCGCUCUUCGCGCCGAAGUCCGGAAUGGAAAAAACGUGAUUUCACCUCAGCGCUUAGAAGAUGAACAGAGACACGACCUCACACCCAGCCUCUUGCUCAUCAACAGGGCCACGUACGCUGAAGGCGGACCGGUGCUUUACGGGAACCACUUUUACCUGCAUGACUCCAUGGCCCUUUACGUCUUCCUCGCCAUCCUGUCGCCAAAGACGAAAGCUUGGAUAAAAGAGAUGACUCUGUCACAGUGGAAUAGGGACGUGGGAGCCCAAGUUCACCUUCAUCGUACCCCCGAAGAUGAACGGACUCUUUUGCCGGCGUUCACGUCUUUGAUCGGAAUGGCCAGCCUGGAGCGCUUACAUUUGGAGUUCACGCUCAGCUCGAUCGACAACUUCCGCAUCGUGAACCGGCGCAGGUAUAGCAUGCAGGAGCACCUCGCCCUUUGCAUCUAUGAGUGGGCGCACUUCUGGCUGGAUGAACUUAGCAGGGAGAAGGGGAGCAGAGAAGAGGCCGUCAAAAUUAUCGACAUCAGGGUUUCAUCAGCACAGUGCCUGACGGACUAUGGGCUGCGCUGGAAUUUUCCGAGCUAUGAAGAACAUGCGGACUUGAGCUCUGAGCGGACUUCAUUGUUGCGCUACCACCUGGUUGAGUACAUAGAGGGUCGCAUCCCAGGAGUUACAGAUUGA